AUGGAUAAAGAUAAUGUUGAUACGAGGGAAAUGUAAGUUUUUGUUGCAAUUACCACGAUAUAUAUUAUUAAAAUCACCGUAAAACUUCUCUCCUUACGUAAGGUCUAUUUUGAAACUUUCAUGGCUUAAUGGUCUCGAAAUAUUCCAAAAUUAACCAUAAAUCGCUAGGAAAUAACUAAUUUAGGUCUUUUUAGUUUUAUUUACAUAUGUAAAGCCUGUCUUCAUACUUGUUCAGUUGACGUAUUUAAUAGACAAAUUACGACGUUUGAAAAUUAACCUCCUCAAAGGAGAGAAGUCGUUGUCAGCGGAUAUGGAAACAAUUUUUUACCGAGCUGUUGCUCUCAGUAAGGAUGAAAUAAGCGAUGAUGAAAAACAUGCGGAAAUCCCUAAGUCAAGUGAUAGUAUGUUUGAGAAAAAUCCAAAGGUGUCUGAGCUGCAACUUUUCUUCUCGAACUCCAUGAAGGAUCGCGUCAAGAAAAGCAAGAUCACACCGGGGAACUCCGGCAGAAAAUCAUAUCAUCAGUUGUGCAUCGCUCCUUAA